GGCAAUGAAUACCGGAGUCCAAGAAUUACUUUCCGAAAAACUUCAGUAAAGCCUGCGUGUGCGCAUAUAUCUCAUACAAAUUCAGUUGAGGUGUUAAUCCUAAGUUUAAAUUCUUUUUAUUGACUAUUGGAUUUUUUCUCUAAUCACACAAAAAUCAUGGAACGAGUGAAAGCUAUUAACAAAUAUUACGUUCAUCUAGAAUAUAACAACGUAACAAAUACAUCAGUAGAAAUAAAUAAGCUAUUUAACAAAAUGUUAUUGAAGCAAAAGGUUUCUCAUAUAAAAAGAAUGGAGAUACUAUCGUUCAUGAUAGAAAAAAAUUUCUCACUGUUCGUGUCUCUUUAUAAACACAUUGAUGUAGUCAUGGCUAUAAUUCGAUAUUUAUACAACAUAAGUGAAAAAUUCAAGGAUGAUGUGACAUGUAUGUUGGAUCCAACAUAUAACAACGACAGUGAAUACGGACUAGUAAUGAUAAUAACUAUACUUUUAAAUAUACGUAAAGAUAUCUCAGCACAAAUGUUGAUACAGUCCUUUCUAGUAAUGGCCUUACAGAAGCCUAUUGACAUGUUGCCGGAAAACGAAAUAUUUUUUCAUGAAUAUGAGCACAUCUGCGAAAUGAUAAUUCUGAAGGAUUCGGAUCUACAUGCAAUUAUUAACUGCCUCAAAAUAACAGAAAAUUAUAAUUUUAUUAAAAUAUGGGUGCAAGAACCUGUGAUCAAGAAAUUUUUAUGGUUUACAAAGAAAUACAACAAUUUAGACUUAUCCUCAUCUAUUCACACAUUUCAAUCAUUGAAAGAUAUUAAACUCUGUGCAUAUAACGAUUUUUCUAUAAAUAUAGUAUCCAUAUGGUCAGAGAAUAUUUUAGCUGCGAAGAAUUUUGCAUUGUCCUUAAAUAAGUGUACCGUAUUCAUAAAUUCAUAUAUGGAAUAUGAUGGUGAUUUAAUGUUUUUGCCUUAUCUGGAUAUAUAUUAUCGCAAAAAGAAAGAAAUUACAUUUAAUUUGAGAUGCAAAAUAAACUCAGAUAAAAGUGAUUUAAUAGAAAGCAAAAAGUGAAAUAUAUUUAUCAAAUGUUCCUGAAACGAAUUCUUUAAUAUAUCAUCUGUUUUAUGAUGGUAUGUGGCAAAAACCCAUACGAAACACAUAUUGGAAGCACAAUGACAUUUUAUGGGCCAAUGCUACAAUCAGCGAUAUUGUAAAGUGUUAUGAAUCAGCCAAGAAAGGAUUCGAAAUUUGGAGUGAUAAAUCUAGUAAACUCAGAAUAAAAAUAUUAUCUAAUCUCAUACCCAUGUUGAUUUCUAUCGGUAAACCUGUAUUGGCAACUAUAGUAGAACGAUGGAUAAAUUUCUCAAAUAUUUAUCCAAAUGUCAUAGGAUUUAUUUCGCCAGCUGCAAAAAUAGAAGUAAUGCAUUCUCGCGUACCGUUAGGUGUUAUCAUUCUUAAGGAAGAGAAUGAAAAUGUUUUAUUUGUCCGAUUACUGUUAACUUUAAUUACUGGAAAUACCGCCAUUAUUAUUAAUGAUGCAAAUUAUUAUAAUAUAUUACCAUAUUGCGAAAUGUUUACAACGUGCGGCAUACCAACGGGUGUUAUAAAUUCAUUAUCAUGUAAAAAUAUAUCUUUGUUAGAAGACACAUUAUGCUUGGGUCAACGGUAUUCGGACUAUAUUAAAAUCUUUUUCAUAAAAGGCAAAUCAAUAGAAUCAUAUAUACAAUCUCAGAAAAAUC